GGUUACAAAUGGCGGCUUUCUCUUGACUUUCGAAAUCUUACCUUGUACAUUAAUUUUUGUCAUGGCAACAAACGAUUCUAUAUUAUCUGCUUACAAUUUACCACCCUUGCGAGGAACAGCCUCUCUUUUGGUUGUUGGAGCAGAAGGGACAGGAAAGCACGAUCUUUCACUUGCCAUUCUCAAAAUUCCAGUGCAGUCUUCUGUUCAGAUUCGCACAGCUAGUGCAUUGCCACUUCCAUCAGAAAAUGAGGCAAAUCGACCAAGGAUUGAUUUCAUUUGCUUUAUUCUUAACAUGACAGACAGAGAGAGUGUUCAGGUUGUGGAAAAAUCUCUUUCUCUUGUUGACAUCAGAUAUUUUUUGGGAAAAGCAUGCCUUGUAGUUACUGGUGUUCACAGUCCAAGGAAGAUGACAGAUUUGGAUCAAGUGACUGCUCUUGCAGAUUCAUUCAACCUGCCACUUUUGUUUGGAGAGAUAAAGGUGGAAAGAGAGCGAGAUCAGCUGGCUCGAAAAGUUCUCUCUCUUGCAGAAAUUGCGGCAGGUUUAAAAGGCCGGGCUACACCUCUGUUGCUUGAAGCCGCAAGCACUUCUUUUUUGCUGUGACACCACUACCUAUGAGAUGUGCCAAACACUAGACGUGCUGCUAGAAGCCAUGACUAAAAGAGUUGUGAAGCCUAAGAGCAAAAUCAACCUCCUGUUUCAAGACAGACAUGAAGACUUCUGAAGUUAAUCUGUAGUAUUUGUUACAGUGAAUCGCUCGAGGCUUUCUUGGCAAGCUGAGCAGCAAAUUAUGCUUGCAUGCCCUUGAUUAUAGCAAGAUGCUGAAUCUUUAGAAAUGCCUUGAAAGCUGUUGCUAAUUGCCCAUAUUUCAAGAUUUGCAAGCCUAGCGGCUACAAAGAUGAAGGAUGGGCACAGGUGUUGAUUGAAAGAUGUGCUAUAUGUGUGGACAUGAUUAUACAGUCAUGCCUUCUCUCCCACUUAUGUCUGCAUACGAGUGCACACAAACUCGUACACAUUCAUAAAAUAUUGAAGUCAAACAUUUUUGGUUCACCGAACUAAAGAAAACUUUUUUACAUGCCAUGUCAUUAUGACUAAAUCUUGGCAGAUAUGAUAUGGCUAUUAUUGCAUAAUUUUGACCACUAUUGUGUUAAUGCAAAGUGACCUAAGAUGGAUGGUGCUCACACCCAGAGCCCAUUGUGUUCAUGAAAAUAAUAAAGCAAAUCAUUAAAAUGUA